AUGGGUGCUGGGUCGAGCACCGAAGCGGAAAGGGAGCCCCUUCUCGGUCCGGCUUACGUGGGGACGAACACCCAGCCGGUCCACAGCCGAGUUUACGGCCGAAGAUGGCUGGUUCUGACCCUGUUUUCCCUGCUGGGUCUACUGCAGGGGAUGGUGUGGAACUUCUGGGGUCCCAUUGAGAACUCAGCCGUUCAGGCUUAUGGAUUCAGCAAGUCUGACAUCGCGGUUCUGGUGCUGUGGGGCCCAGUGGGCUUCAUCCCCUGGUUGCUGUUUAUGUGGUUAAUGGAUAAAAAGGGUCUGCGGUCCUCUCUUCUCCUCUCGGCCUUCUUCAUGCUGCUCGGGGCGGCUCUGCGAAGCAUCCCGGUGACAGACAAGCCCCUCAGACGAUGGAUGAUCCACGGAGGCCAGUUUCUAAACGGUUUGGCUGGGCCAACCAUCAUGAGUGCUGGCCCCUUCCUCUCCACCACGUGGUUCGCCCCCGAUCAGAGAGCAACAGCAACGGCCGUGGCCACACUCUUCUCCUAUUUGGGAGGCGCUGCUUCUUUUCUGGUGGGACCUCUUAUCGUUCCGGCUCCCAAUGACUCCCAGGCAGCGACGGGGCUUUCCAACAGCUCCAUUCCAAGCAGAAUACAGCUCGUUAUGUAUGCAGAAUUGGCUGCAAUCGCGGUGCUUUUUACAGCCGUGCUGCUCUACUUCCCAUCUCGCCCACCGGUUCCUCCUAGUGUGGCCGCAGCAAGCCAGAGACUCAGUUACAGGAGCAGCAUCUGCAGACUUCUGAGCAAUUUCCGGUUCUUGAUGAUUGCCCUGGCCUAUGCAGUCCCAACUGGAGUCAUUGCUGGCUGGUCGGGAGUCCUGGACAUGGUUCUUACACCAGUUAAUGUCAGCCAGGUGAAUGCAGGCUGGGUGGGUUUCUGGUCCACAGUGGGUGGAUGUAUUUUUGGAGUGGCAAUGGCCAGAUUUGCAGACUCGAUCCGUGGGAUGCUGAAGCUGAUCCUAGUGCUGAUGUUGGCAGGAGCCUCGCUUUCCUCUACCUGGUUCACCCUCACCUGUCUGAGCAGCUUUACCCACCUCCCAUCCACUUCUGCCAUCUUGUACACUUCCUGCAUCCUGGUUGGUAUUUUUAUCAACAGCAGCGUGCCGAUAUUCUUUGAGCUCUUCAUUGAGACCGUGUACCCGGUCCCUGAAGGCAUCACCUGUGGGGUUGUCACCUUCCUGGGAAACCUGGCCACUGGUCUGCUCCUCUUCUUCCUCACCUUUUACUGCACAGAUGUGUCAUGGCUGAACUGGUGUGUGACCGGCUCCUGUCUCUUCAGCCUUGUCCUCAUCCUCUUCUUCAGGGAGUCCUACGAUCGUCUCUACCUGGACGUCUUUGUCUCUGUGUGAGACAGAAGAGAAAAAAAUCUUUGAAGUUCUUGCUGUAGCACGAGGAGGAGGGAAAAGUGGAGUUGAAAAGCGACUGGGAAGCUUUUGCUCUUUGUAAGGUGUAAUAUUUUAGGACGUGUACAUACUGGUUACCGUAGAGAUGAUAACUUAUUGUUUAG